AUGGCUCAAGUGCUAUUGCAAAAUCCUAGCGUAACAGAACGAAGAGACGGAAUUGAUAGGAACGACAAUAUUCUUCAUAACUUCGACAAUGAUAAUCAAAAUGAGAUUGGAAACAUUUAUGAAGAAAUGAAAACUGUUGGUUACAAUUUUGGAAGUACAUUUAAAACGCUGAGCAAUAUCCUUUCCAAUACGGACAAAACGAGCUUCACUUGUCGUGUGAACACCUCAAACGAAAUUUUGGAAUCAAACGGUUACUUAAUGCAUCCAACAAUAAUCGAUGCCCUAAUCCAGGGUAGCUUGUUGAUAAAGGAGGAUCAAAUAGGCGGACUAAAGUUGCCUGUGGAAAUCCGGUCUCUGAGAUUGUACAAGCUACCUAAUAAACCAAAUCAAUCGUUCCUCAAAAUUUACGGGUCUUCAAAAGGAGCGAGCCUAUUUCUCGAUUGUAUUCCUUCCGAAUCGCAAUAUAUGGAAUCGACGGAAAUGGCGACCCUGUCUGGCCUUAAAACAGUGUCCACAAGUCUGAGACGACUUGAAAAAUCUUUAGCACCACAUAGAACAAACUCCCUCCCAAUCUAUAUUGAAGAAUGGCAAAAAUUUGACGGUCCGGCUAAACCGCAUCAGCAUCAUCACCAACCUGAAGUCUCUGCCUCAAACUCGAUUAGUCUUCCCGGAACUUUUACACUUUGUGAUAACGAAGUUAAAGAGCUACAACUCCUUGAAGAAUCUAGUUUGAAUCGCAUUGUAUCAGCAUUUCAACAGCUUGGCUGGCAGUGGCCUGUAGGAAGCAAAGUAGAUACCCAGGACGUAAUCAGUGUGCUUGGACUAAGAGAACUAAAUUUAAAAUUUUUCCUUCGAUUGAUGCACUAUAUAGAGGAGGCGGGAUAUUUGAAGAAAAUUGAAUCGACUUCUGAGUGGGAUGUGAUACGAGAUUUUGGGGAAGCACAAUUGUUUCCUGCAGAAACACGACAAAAUUUAAUUAAAGAAUGGCAUUUUGCAAAUUUCUAUGGCGCCCAGCUUGCCUCCUUGCUUUUAACAAAGGAUUCAGUUCUUCCAUAUCUAUUCCCAGCGGGAUCAUCAGGCGAAACGGAAUACUCGGCGGAUAAUUUGUACUCAAAUUUCACCACAAACAUUGGAUUGCUCAAAAACUUGACUUCCAUGUUUUCCUUUCUGCUCGAACAACAUUUCAAGCAUAGAAGCCAUUUGAAGAUAUUAGAAGUCGGUGCAGGAACUGGGAGUGCCACUAAAAACAUAAUUCCACUUCUGGACGGUUACAAUACCUCUUACACAUUCACAGACAUUUCACCGUCGUUCUUAUCUGCAGCAGAGAACAGUUUACCAAAAAUCAAUGGCAUGACUUUCGAGUUUUGUACUUUCGAUGUACAACUUGAUUCGUGCCGUCAAGGCCUUCUUAAGCGAAAUUACGAUGUCAUCGUAGCCCUUAACGUACUUCAUGCCACCCAGGACGUCCAAGAAGUUUGUUGCAACCUAAGGGAGCUACUCGUCCCAGGAGGUCAUCUGCUUAUUGGAGAACAAUUUAAACCUUCAGCAACCGUGGAUAUUGUUUUUGGUCAUUGCGAUGGUUACUGGAAGUUUGAUGAUGCGCAUAGAAAAACUCACUGUAUCCUGGACCGAGAAGGUUGGGAGAAAGUUUUAGCCACGGCAGGUUUCCAAUCAACUUCGUCGCUGGAAAGUAAAGACGUUGGGAUGGGCGUAGUUGUAGCGACAAAUACUGGCGAAGAAUCUUCUUCUACCGGAUCAACUAAUUGGGUACUUAUUCCUGACGAAAACUCAUUAAUCGCAGAUCGCCUGGCACUAGUUCUGCCCAGCGAUAAAGGAACUCGCUUAGAUUUUAGUGAUUUGAUUACACCCAAUACUGUACUGUUGCGAAUGCAGAGUUAUUCGUCUUUUGCGUUCCUGCAAACGGCGAGGAUUUCCAUGAAGAACACUUUGGGAAACACUUUCUUCUUUCUUCAACUGGCACAGGAACUCGUUAAUAAGAAGGCAAAGAGCAGAGUUCUUGUUAUUACGCAUAACGAAGCCUCCAUUGCUGACGAAGAAGCAUUUAUUUUACUUGGCUCACCAGUCCAAGCACUUUCUCGUAAUCUAGCGACUGAAGUCAUAAAUGCUCAUGUGAAAUGCUUGGAUUUGGAAGACUCAGACAAGGUGGAAAUUAGAAUAUCCCAGAUAGUAUCAGAGUGGGAAAAACCAAAUACCCAGUGGAUCGCAGAACCCAUAAUAAGUUACAGAGCGGGAGAAAAAUAUCUUGCCAAAAUUGUACGACUGCAGAUGCCCAAGAAAUCGUGCACUAGUGAGACCAACCAGAAAUCACAACUUAAGCUUCCAAGUUCGCGUUCUAUUCAAGAUGUGACUUUGGAAGGAACGUCGUUCCCAAAGUCGGCACUGGGUCCAAAUCAGAUUGAAAUAUUGGUCCACGCCUCUGGAUUAAAUUUCAAGGAUAUAUUAAACAUAAUGAAGCCCACCGACGAGUUCAAAAAUUCCAAUGGAGUUGGUGCUGAUUUCUCAGGAAGUGUGGUUGCAAUUGGCACGUCCGUAUCAGGAUGGAAAAUGCCGACCUGGUUGCCAAACUUUACAAAUUUUAGUCACUCAGAAGGCGCAUCACUUCCCACGGCAUUCGUCACAGCGUACCACUGUCUCGUGUCCGUUGGGAAGUUGAAGGCCGGAGAGACGGCGCUAAUACACACGGCAUCUGGAGGCGUAGGCCUGGCCGCAAUUCAAAUUUCUAAAGCACUUGGAGUAAAUUUAGUAGUAACUGCUGGAAGCAACAGAAAGCGAGCUUAUCUACGAUCACUCGGAUUGACUCAUAUUUACAACAGUAGAGACACCUCGUUUGCCAAUGGAGUUCUGGAGGCAACUUCAGGUGCCGGGGUAGACCUUGUACUUAAUUCGUUGACUUCAAAAGGAUGGAAAGAGGCUUCACUGUCCGUCACCCGUCUGGGCGGUAGAUUUAUUGAAAUGAGCAAACUCAAUAUCUGGAGUCCAGAAGAAGUUUAUAGGCACCGACCCGACGUCAUCUACUCUAUUGAAGAUCUAGGUGUUCUCGAUACUCCGCGCGCAAUUGACCUGAUUGAACGUCUUAAUUACUGGAUAGAAAACGAUCAAUUGAAGCCUUUGAAAAUAAAUAUCUUUAGCCCGGAAUAUAUAACAUCAGCUUUAGUACAGAUUCAGACUGCGAAGCAUAUCGGUAAGGUUGUGGUAAACCGCACUGGACAAGUUUUCAACACCAGAUCCACGUAUCUCAUAACUGGAGGACUCGGAGGGAUUGGGCUUAAAAUCGCAAGAUGGAUGCUUUCGUCUGGCGCUAAAAAUAUAGUUCUCGUUAGCAGACGAGGAGAAGAGUUAGCUGACUCGACACUUAAGAAAUUAAAAGCACAUCAAGUGGAUGUAUCCUGUGUAAUCAUUAAAUCUGUUGACGUAGGGAAUGCCGAACAGGUCAUUCAACUUAUCUCGGAAAUUUCUUCCACAAGCAGAUUCAUGCAGCCGGAGUUAUAUCGGAUGGGACCUUGUUGCAACAAAACAUGUCAAAAUUCGAGACCGUAUACAACGGGAAAGUUAAUGGUGCCUGGCCCUUGGGGUCUGGGACAAGGAAAUUAUGCAGCAGCAAACGCAUCGGUCACGGGUCUUGCAACCUAUCGCCAUCGACUUGGCUUACCAGCUACUUGCAUCGCAUGGGGUCAAUGGGACGAGUUGGGAAUGACGGCUAAUAUCAAUAGAGAUGUGUUUGGCGUGCAGUCUUUCUCAAUUGCUGCUGGAAUUGAGGCACUCGAGACGAUCAUUAAGUCCAACCAAACGGGAACAGUGGUUCCGACUUUGUGGAGUGAAGACGCACGGAUUGGUUGGUUCCCAAAUUAUAUUGAGCUUGAUCAGGUUGAAGAAAUAUCUCAAACUAAAACAUUCGAGUCCGACGUGGAAAUCACUAUCAAAGAAAUGAGUGUCGACGACCAAGUUGCCGCAGUUGUCGACAUAAUAAAAGCAUGUCUACCUAUUAAAAGUGCUGAGCAGAUCAGCUAG